CCUCAGAGGUGGCUUGUUAUCGCGCAUUAGUGUUUCAACGCGUAUGGGGCCUUCAAUUAAUCAGUGACCUCAUCCCUCCCGAAAGUCUACAGCAGAGCUUCCACCUCCUUCUGGGCAGGUUCGCGGACUGUUCGUUCCUUCCAUCAAACUCUCUUUCUUGCCCGUUCACCGAUCAAUUGACUGCAAGGGGAGCAGCUUCUUCUUGACUUUCCUUCAGCGAUCCCUACAUGAUAUAGAUGCUUUACAUCUACCGACUAAGCCAACUCCUACAUUUCUAAAUACGUAUCAUCUGCAACCGACCGGCAUUUUCGGGUUUGCGUUUACCCACUCCAACGGAGUCUCCGCCGUUAUGACGAUUCAAACGCGUAUAGCAACCACUUCUUCGAUCGCCUUGCGGGCGCUCUCAUACGUCUUUCUGAGAUGGUUUCCGGGCCCAGCUCCGGUACCCUUAAGUAUAUUUGCACUUUUUGCCGUCUUUGUACCUUCCUUCGUCUCCGGAUACAUCAAUGAGUCGAAAUACGACGUUGUCGAGGACGACGUUGACGUCACUGUCAAGGAGACGAUUGCGGAAGGCGACGACGGAGAUGGAUCCAUUAACGGCCACGUCGUCGCUGAAGAGAUCCUGAUCGAAGAAACCAUUACUGUGAAAGGGAAGUCCAGCCCGUGGAAAACCUUACUUGCCGGCACGCCCAGCUCGACCAGUCCUAUCCUCUCGGCCCUCACCUUGCUGAUCAAUGUCAUAUUGGUUGCAAUGGCCGCCGACUUUCUCCUCCGCGUUCGCCACUACCACCCUGUCGACGACUUGUCUUUUGUACGCCUAGGAUAUGUCUCACCCAGUGAGGCCAAGUUCGUCCUGCGUGAGCCUGACCAAACUAAGAUGCCUGUCUCCAUGGAUAUACGCAUCAAAGAUCCGCAGCCACCAUUUGACAAUCCCCUCUGGCAGCUUGCUGGAGGAACUAGGUACACGGACAACACGACCGACUUCACCACAACGAUCACAAUCCCUCUGAAACAUUCACAGCAGAGGAUCUACGAAUGGCGCACUUCAAACAAUCACAGUGGCGAGUUCAUCGCACCUCCAAGGGCUGGUCAGAUGUCGGCCUUUGCGGAUAACAAGUUUACCUUUCUUUCGACGUCGUGUAUCCUCCCGCGGUUUCCUUACAACCCGUUCGAACAUCCUCUUGCCAUCCCAGGCAUGCGACACCUAGCUAGUGUGCUGCCUAAGCUUCAGGCACAGUUCAUGUUGUUCUUGGGCGAUUUUAUCUACAUUGAUGUGCCCAAGCGCCAGGGCAAGCACGAAGAGGACUAUCGUCAAAAGUAUCGCCACGUCUACGCCUCUCCGGACUGGGCUCCCGUUGGGCAGAACCUUAGCUGGAUCCACGUGCUUGACGAUCACGAGAUUUCCAACGACUGGUCUUCCAACACAACGGGCGUCUACCGAGCUGCUAUCGAGCCGUGGCAUCAUUAUCAGGAGCUUGCGAAUCCCCCUCCCGCGCGCGUUGCGGGAACCAGUAACCGAAGAGACGGUGCGACUUACUUUGAGUUUGUUCAAGGACCCGCAAGCUUCUUCAUGCUAGACACCCGCUCAUACCGAUCCGAUAACGACCUCCCUUUCGAUAGCCCGGAGAAGACCAUGCUAGGCGCUCAGCAACUUGAGGACUUCCUUAGCUGGCUCAACAGACCCGAGCCAAAGGGUGUCAAGUGGAAGAUUGUGGCGUCGUCAAUUCCAUUGACCAAAAACUGGCCCAUCAACCGCAAGGACACUUGGGGCGGCUUCUUGGUUGAGAGACGAAAGGUCCUCGAGGCUAUGUGGGAUGCUGGUGCGAGAGGCAUCGGUGUUGUUGUUGUUUCGGGUGACCGCCACGAGUUCGCGGCCACCAAGUUCCCUCCGCCUGCAGACGGGAGAUGGCCUCAGACUGCUGCCGCCUAUGAGUUUUCUUGCAGCCCUCUUAACCAGUUCGCCUCACCUCUGCCUAGCUAUAGGCAGAGCGACGAUGAGGACAUCGCUCUCAAGUAUAUCCACUCUGGCAAUUCCAAGUUUGGCUCUCUCACCAUUGAAAAUUUGGCUGAGGGAGAGCAGAGCAGUCUCAAAUACAGUCUCUACGUCGAUGGCGAGGUUACUUGGAACACCAUAAUUUUGUCGCCGCCCCCAGUUAGCGGUGAGAAAACCUCGGCUUCAUUUUGGGAUAUGUUGAAGGGAAAUUAGACAUACAGGACCUAGAAUUUGGAUACGAGUGCUGCCUCUGGGGUAAAUAACAACUGAGAAACUUUUUUUCGAGACUUGACAACACACGAGGGAUUGUCCCUUUGAGGUGGCUAGCGCGAUUAUAGAAACAUGUCGACCCCAUCCUCAAUUACUAUCUCGUCAAGCUCGACCCCCAAGCUAUGGUUCCUUUCUCCCUCCACUUUCCACCAC